CACGAAGAGGAAUGCAUAAAAUGAGCGUCACCAAGUAUCAGACAAGCAUCAAAGUAAUUCAUCCAUUCACCGAUGCAUCAAUGAAUCAAUCAAUGAGAGUCAAUCAAUCCAUCCAUCUCGCUGAGACGCGCGGCUGAUUUGUUGCAAAGCCGUGACGCACUCGCCCUUCUCAGUGGGUUCUGGCGUGUCCGGCGCACUGUCAUCCGUCGCUGCCGACUCGCUGGCCAGUCUGGUCGACGGCAGGGAUAUGUGGAGGCGGCCCGGUCCUCAGUGUGGCUGGUUGACGUUGACGCUGGCCACCUCACCUCCGUCAGUGGGCACCGACGGGGCGGACGCCUCGUGUGUGUCACAGACUCCUCCAUCAUCCCCUCCACUGGCGGGGUGCGGCUGCUGCUGCAUGGAGCCGCUCGCAGAGUGGUCGUUCUGGUAUUGGAACACGAUGCCCUUGAGUUGGCCGUCAGUGAGCUCAGCCUUGAUGCGCUUCCGCGUGAUAAAGCCGCUUGUUGUCUUGGGGAUGGUCCGUGGGGCGAGAAGGAUCACCCUGGCGACCAGCAGGCCCACCUGCGUCUGAACCGUCCGGCAGAUGGCCUGACAGAUGGCCGUGUACUCGUCCUUCUUCCACCGCGGCAGAUGGUGAUGGAAGAGCCGCCUGUACCACGACGCCUCGGCGUUUCUGACCUCGGCGACCACCACGAGGAGCUCACCCUGGCACUCGCCCGCUGCCGCUGCUGUUGUGGUGGUGCCGCCGUUGGCGUCGGUCGAGAAGGCGGCGCAGCACCCUGGCCUGACGGCCUCGUGGCAUCCCUCCACUGCCUCCUCGAUGUCCUGAGGGCGGUAGUUUCGGCCGCGGACUAUCACCAUGUCCGGAACCACCAGCUGCGGAUCCACCAGCUGCGGAUCCAUCGCCUUUCCCGCCUUUCCCGGCUCUUCGCUUCUCUGGGAAGCUGCGAGCUUAGCUCGCAGUCCGGUCCCAGGGAAACGACAAAGGUUUAGUGCUGAAUGAGGCGCGUGCACAUCCCAAUGGCGUCAUGCAGGUGAAAGGAGCGCAAACCAGUGACGAAGCGUUGAAGCAUUGAUCUGUA